AUGGGCCCGGCGCGCGCGGACGCGGGCUUCAAGCGCCACCCCGAGGAGUUCCCCGUGCCGGACCCGAAGGACGCGUCGACGCCCGACGCCUGGGUGAAGCGGAACCCCGCGCUCGUGCGCCUCACGGGCCGCCACCCGUUCAACGUCGAGCCGCCCCUCCCGCUCCUCGAGGCGCACGGCCACUCGACGCCCGCGAGCCUCCACUACGUGCGGAACCACGGCGCCGUGCCCGUGGCCUACGGUAGCGCGGCCGAGGCCGACGCCGUCUACGACGGCUGGCGCUGCGAGGUCCUCGCCGGCGGCGGCGUCGAGGCGAAGUCGCUCUCGAUGGCGGACCUCGAAAAGUUCCCCAAGGUCGUCGUGCCGUCGCUCCUCGUCUGCGCGGGGAACCGGCGCAAGGAGCAGAACAUGAUCAAGCGCACCAUCGGCUUCAACUGGGGCGCCGCGGGCCUCGGCAUGUCCGAGUGGGGCGGCUGCCACCUCGCGGACGUGCUCGCGUCGCUCGGCGCGCCGACGGACCCCGCGGCCUGGGACGGCGGCGGCCACGUCUGCUUCCGGGGCCCGGACAAGGAGCUGCCCGGCGGCGCCGACGGGUCCUACGGCACGUCGCUCACGCUCCGCUACGUCAUGGACAAGUCGAACGACGUCAUCCUCGCGUGGGACUGUCAGAACGGCGCGCGGCUCCAGGCGGACCACGGCUUCCCGCUGCGCAUCCUCAUCCCGGGCUUCAUCGGCGGCCGCAUGGUCAAGUGGCUCAAGGAGAUCAAGAUCUCGCCCGAGCAGAGCGACAACCACUACCACUUCAAGGACAACCGCGUGCUGCCCGUGAACGUGACGCCCGAGCAGGCCGAGGCCGAGGGCUGGUGGUUCAAGCCCGACUACAUCAUCAACGAGCUCAACAUCAACAGCGCCAUGUUCCACCCGGGCCACGGCGAGGUGCUCGAUUUGGCGACCGCGGGGCCGACGUACGACGUCGAGGGCUACGCGUACGGCGGCGGCGGCCGGAAGAUCAUCCGCGUCGAGGUCACGCUCGACGGCGGCGCGUCGUGGUUCCUCGUCAAGGACGGCGACGUCACGCACCCGCCGAACACGCCGAACAAGGCCGGCAAGUACUGGGGCUGGUGCUUCUGGAAGAUCACGGUGCCGACGGCGGACCUCCUCAAGGCGCCGAACGUCGCGUGCCGCGCGUGGGACGCGGCGAUGAACACGCAGCCGUCGAACCUGACGUGGAACGUCAUGGGCAUGCUCAACAACCCCUGGUUCACCGUCGUCAAGCACUUCGACGCGGGCCCCGCGGGCACGCCGGUCCUCGUCUUCGAGCACCCGACGCUCGCGGGCGCGCAGGCCGGCGGCUGGAUGACCGACGACGCGCGGCGCCUCGCCGGCGCGUCGCUCACGCCCGAGUCCGCGGGCGCGGCGGCCAUGCGCGACAUGCACGCGGCGCGCGCGGCCGCCGCCACGGGCGCGCCCCUCGGCAACACCUACACGCUCGCGGACGUCGCCAAGCACGACACGCCCCAGGACUGCUGGAUCGCCGUCAACGGCGUCGUCUACGACACGAACCCCUACCUCGCGGAGCACCCCGGCGGCGCGUCGUCGAUCACGAUGAACGCGGGCACGGACGCGACGGACGAGUUCACGGCCAUCCACAGCCGCAAGGCCUGGACCCUCCUCGACAAGUACGCCAUCGGCACGCUCGCGGCCGACGGCGGCGGCGCCGCCGCGGCCGCGGACGCGCCGCGCCUCGACGCCAAGGGCCGGCCCGUCGCGCUGAACCCGAAGAAGCGCGUCAAGCUCAAGCUCGCGCAGCGCGUCCAGCUCAGCGACGACUCCUUCCGCCUCACCUUCGCGCUCCCCAGCGACGACCACGUCCUGGGCCUGCCCACGGGGCAGCACGUGCUCGUCUACGGCCAGGACGCGGCCGGCAAGUCCGUCGCGCGCGCGUACACGCCCGCGACGGCCGACGAGGUCACGGGCCGCGUCGACUUCGUCAUCAAGGCCUACCGGCCCCUGCCGCCGCGCUUCCCCGACGGCGGCGCGCUGUCCCAGCACCUCUGCGACCGCAUCGCCGUCGGCUCGGAAGUCGAGUUCCGCGGGCCCAUGGGCGAGAUCGAGUACCUCGGCGGCGGCGCCUUCGAGGUCCACGACGACAAGGGCGUCAAGAAGCGCAUCGCCGUCAAGCGCGCGGGCCUCAUCGCCGGCGGCACGGGCCUCACGCCCAUGCUCCAGCUCAUCACCGCCGUCGGCGCGGAGGUCGCCGCGGACGCGCCCGGCGCGCCCGCGCUCUCCUUCCUCCUCGGCAACCGCACGGAGGCCGACAUCCUCUGCCGCGACGAGAUCGAGGCGGCCCAGAAGGCCGGCGCCGUCGACCUCCACUACACGCUCGACAAGCCGCCGCCGGGCUGGCCGCACCACACGGGCUUCAUCGACGACGCGAUGCUCGCGGCGACGAUGCCCAAGCCCGCCAAGGACACCUACUUCUUCUGCUGCGGCCCGCCGCCCAUGAUCAAGUCCGCCCUGGCCAAGCUCGAGGCCGCGGGCCACUCCAAGGCCAACAUGCUCUGCUUCUGAGCGCGCGCGCGCCGAGAGGCGCGCGCGGAGCCGCGGAAGUCCGAGCCUCCGCGGGCCGCCCUGCACAGAUACCCCCGCGGGCCCGCGCGAUCCCCCCCCCCCCUGCUGCUCCCGACCUUCGUGAAUUACAUGCAUCUCUCUG